UCAAGGCUGCCGCUGCGGUUCCCCUGCCAAUGCGCCGCGAAGGCUUGCUGGCCGAGAGCCUUUAAGUCCCAUGGAAAUGUUUGGGGUGGAGUUCCUCCUUGCUUGCUCCGUGCUGAUAGCUGGCUCCUGCUUGGCCGAAAGGGAACUUGCAGCAUUGACACAGGACCAAUUGCCCUACUUCUUGAGAAAAGGAAUAUUUAUUAUCCAAAGUGAGGAUUUCAACACAUGUAUUACAGCUGAAACUUCCAAGCUCAUCCUUGAAAACUGCAAUCAAGUUUCCAAAUACAUGUUAUGGAAGUGGGGUUCUAAACAGCAGCUUUUCAACAUAGGCAGAAGUGCUUGCCUAGGGCUCAACUUCAGUAACCCAGAGCCCUCACUAGUAAUUACAGAAUGUGACUCCCCUCAGUAUUUGCUGCAGUGGCAAUGUCAUGGAAAGGCACUUAUUGAGGCAUCACAGUACAAAUUAGCAGUUGAAAACAGCAAAUUUAUUGUCGUUAAAAGAACUUCCAGCUAUGGAUGGAAAUCAUUCAUGUCACAUGAUGACCUUUGUGAACAUGCAUUUGAAGAAAUGUAUACCCUGUUGGGAAAUUCCCUUGGUUUGCCUUGUGUUUUUCCAUUUAAAUACAACAAUAAAUGGCACUAUGAAUGUAUCCAAGAUUUCAGAGAAGAUGGAUAUCCUUGGUGUGCCACAACAAGCCAAUAUGAACAAGAUGAAAAAUGGGGAUUGUGCCCAAAUUCUGGGACUGGCUGUGACAUUUUUUGGAAGAUAAAUGCAGAUACUCAGAUUUGUUACCAGAUCAAUCUUCUUUCUGUUCUCUCCUGGAAUGAGGCACGUAUUGCAUGUCAGGGACAAGGAGCAGAUUUGCUAAGUAUCACAGAUAUGAGAGAACAGACGUAUAUUGGUGGUCUAAUUGAGCAACUGAACACAAAAGAAGCCAUGCUAUGGACAGGCUUAAAUCAACUGGAUGAAACUGCUGGCUGGCAGUGGUCAGAUGGUGCACCUCUAGCUUUGGUGAACUGGCAAAUGGAUCCCAUUGACAAUUCUCUUGGGCCACCUCGUUGUAAAGCAUUUAACUUAAAAACACAAAACGAUUGGCAGAGUUACUCAUGUGAAUCUGGACUACCAUACAUAUGCAAAAAAUAUUUAAAUGCUACUGACCGUGAAGCAAUUGAUUCAUGGAAAUUUUAUCCUACUGACUGUGACAGUAAUUGGUAUCCAUAUAAUAAUUACUGCUAUAAACUUCGUAAAGAAGAAAAGACCUGGAAUGAAGCAUUUUUCUCCUGCCGGGAUGAUAAUAGCACACUCAUUAGCAUAACCUCUUUGGCUGAUACAGAGAUGCUUAUUAACCUCCUUGAAUACGAAAAUGUGACAGACACAUGGAUUGGACUAAGCAAUAAUAAGACCCCCAUUGAGUUUGAAUGGUCUGACGGAUCUGCCGUAAUCUUCACCUACUGGAAUAAACAAGAACCAAAUAUUCUUCAGCAGGAAGGACACAUUUGUGUUUCAGCUCAGCAACAUGAAGGACGCUGGAAAGUUAAAAAUUGCAAAAGCAGAUAUUUUUAUAUUUGUAAAAGAAGAGGAAAUGUGGGAAAUCCCAUUUUUGAAGUGGAAUCUGGCUGUCCAGAGGGAUGGGAAAGACAUGGUGGAUAUUGCUACAAAAUUGAUAAAAUCCCUCGAAGCUUUGGACAUGCAUCUGGUGGCUAUUAUUGUCCUUCACUUGCAACAGUAAUGAGCAGGUUUGAACAAGGUUUCCUGAACAGUAUGAUUCACAACCAAAGGAAAACUGAUAGUCCUUAUUUUUGGAUAGCACUUCAAGAUCUAAACAAUACAGGGGAAUACACUUGGCUCACUGAAGACGGAAAACAUCAUCUUGAGAUCUAUACAAAUUGGAGAAAGUAUCAACCCA